UGACAUCAACCUUCUCUUUUGUCUUUGAUGACAGCUGAAACAAAGGAGUGAGGCACCGCAUCUUCUGUUCGCGGAUUUGCGAGCAUGCUUAAGUAUGAUAUGGACGGUCAAGUGUGCGGCCGCAAUCCAGCUCGCAAUCCACGAUGAACCGCCAGAUUCACCACCCAUGUCAUAUCAACGUCUUGCCAGUUGAAAUACUAUCAUACAUAUUCACGCUUGCCACACAUAGCACCUCAUCCACCAUCCCUGAAUUCAAACAAAGAUAUGAAAUCCCGGUCAGUCCUGAAAGUGUCACAAUGCCAACCGUACUGGCGUCUGUACACCGGCACUGGAGACACAUUGCACUAUCCACCUCGACAUUGUGGUCAAGCCUCGUAAUGAGUCUUGAGCAGGUCGUCCGCCGCUUGGCUGCCCAUAUUGCGCGGUCACGAAACUCUCCGGUGGACAUUCUUAUCGAUACUCGAGAUCCAGAAUGGAACUUUGAAGAUGACGGGGAAGAAUGCUCAACUCAGAAUCCGACGUCAUUCCCAUACACCACCUUUAUUCCCCAAAUCCUCGACCUCCUGUUCCCGCAGAUGUACAGGUGGCGUUCGCUGACGAUCCUCAGCGAUACUUGGGCACCGCUUCGUGUUGCCCUUGAACGUCUCAGUGUGCCCACUCUGACAAUGGGCUCAGGCGCUCCGCGCCUUGAGACUUUGAUGCUCAUGCGAUGCAAUGAGUUCUUAGGUUACUUGGACACUUUCUCUCCACGCACCCAUCUGGCAUUUGAUGGGAUACCAUUCGCCGCUUUGAUGGGCGCGCCCCAUCAUGAUCUCGCUACGCAAUCUCACCCCCUCCCAAAACUGCGAAACAUAACUCUCGUCGGUGUUCACUUGAACUGGACACAUUUUUCUUGUUAUACUCUGGGUGCAGCCCUCAAUCCGUCACUCUCACGGGUUUUUAACGGUAUCCAGUCAUUGGAGCUUUCGCAGCACUGCCGUGAAGUCAGACCAACGUUUGAAGAGUUUUCAGGAAUCCUUAAAGCUUGUCCCCACCUGCGCAAACUCGUGAUUAGGGUCUCUGGGCCGAGGUUCGAUGAAGGAGUCCAGUGCAGCGAUCAUCCGGUAUCGCUUCCCCAGCUCGAGGAACUUCACUUAGGAUAUACUAGUGUUGAAGAUGCUGCCAUGCUGCUCAGUCAUAUUCAUGCUCCUAACCUUGUCGCGCUUUCCAUCGAAGAUGCCAAUCACAUCGCCAGUGCUGAUGACGAGGACUCUGACCCUCUCCUAACGUACUGCGCCACCGGCUUACUUGAUUUAUGUGACAUCUCCACGGAAUUCGGUUUGAACCAUGGACCUCACAGCAACUCAGCUGCAUCUAAAGACUCCGUCGUCAGCACGGUCAAGCCGCCAUUUCCACAGCUGGAGCGACUGUCGCUCAACAGUGUCACCGCGUGCAUGAUUCCAUUCAGUCUCUUCAUGGCUGCCGUUCCAAAACUUCGUCAUCUGUCGAUAUGUCGUACACCAAAUGCGCUCGCAGUUCUGUUACCCAUCCAGACGCCUUUCACGGAGGCAUGUACUCGCACCUCGCCCUGCAGUGCCCUCGAGUCCAUCGAAGUCUUCUGCGCCGAAGAACAAACAAAACACGUGCUCGAUUUCGUGCUGAGGGAACGCGAGCUGUGUGGUGCGCCACGCGUGCGUAAUGUUGAGAUACAUUUUGAGGUAUGCUCUGCGGACGUGGGGGAAGAUAUCGGAGAGUAUCAGAUGGUUGAAGACGACACGGUUGGAAACCAGACUAGAUACCGGGAAUGGGCGUCAGACGAGGACGAUCCGUUUGCGCCCGGUGGUGUCUUCAAUGAUCCUGAUUUCGACGAAGCAUAUUAUUAUCUAUCAUAGGCAUUUACGGCCCUUGGAUAUACAUAUAGUACUUGCGCAUGUAAUGCGUCGUUGCAAGAAGCUCAAAUUAGCAUUACCACUGCGAUGAUUGGUUUGGCGUUGAAAAUCCAUUCACGCAUUACAACACAUG